AUAUAUAUUUUGUUUUGCGGCAUGCAAGAUCUCAUUUUCAUCCGCGGGAAAACGUUGGGAGUCGCGGGAAUGCUACUGUGGUACGAGAGCAUGUCUAAAGACUUCAUGGAAAAACACGAAUCCGGGAAGGCGGUUCUUUGGAUGCUCUAAAUAUGACGAAGGAUCACCUUGCGGUUAUUUUAAAUGAUUGGCAAAAGACCAAACACACCGCAAAAGCCGCCGAUGGUUAAACCGUCCCCAACAAGCCCUGGCCGAGGGCAAAUGGCGCCUAAACGACCUUGGAGUCCUUCGCCCAAAGAUGAUGGGGAUUCUAAUCCCCACGAGGAAGAAGACCCUCCCCACCGUAGCAAAAAAAGAAAAGAGUCUAAUCCCCACGAGGAAGAAGACCCUCCCCACAGUACACGACGGCGAAAUGACAAAGAUUGGCAAAAAGGACCAAAUACACCGCAAAAGCCGCCGAUGGCUAAACUGUCCCUAACAAGCCCUGGCAAAGCAGAGUCCAAGCGACCACGGAGGGAGAGUUCGCCGUCCACAGCAGAGGAGACUCCAGCUUGGUCUAAGCUGAUGACGGCACGUUUUGACAAUCAUUUCAAACUGCUGGAGACUCAGCUCGCAGAAGUGCAAAUUCAGAUUGGUGCCCUCACUAGCACUAUGGGGGAAUUUCAUUCUGCAUUUAAUAAUCCUCAACGGAUACCAUCUACUGAUGAGGAUUAGACUUUGAUGUUCUAUUUGUAGAAGAUCGUAUAAUUAUACUUGUAUUGUAUUUGCUGUUUGAAAACAAUUCUCAUUGCAAUAAACGUAGAUGAUUGUGAUCAGCUAUAAAGUAACCUUGUUUAUCAUCCCAUGCAUUUAGUAGUGGUUAACUUUAUCAAAUAAGAGGCUAGUGCCUAUAUGUAUCAAUGUAAACGAGUUUAUUUUAAUCAAUGAAUAAAUGAGAUUUUUUUUUUU